GGGGGCGCGCGGUGGCGCGGGGAGGGCACCAGCCCGCACCUGCAGAGCAUCUUUCUGGGCCGCUGCGCCGAGUACAUCUCUCUGCUGAACCCUGAGCUGCGGAACAAGAACUGCACGGCUAUCUGGGAGGCCUUUAAAGUGGUUCUGGACAAGGAUCCCUGUUCCGUACUUCCCUCGGACUAUGACCUUUUUAUUAGCCUCUCCAGACACCCCGUCCCCAGAGACAAGUCCCUAUUCUGGGAAAACAACCACCUCCUUGUCACAAGCUAUGCGGAGAAUGCCCGUCGCUUUGUGCCUCUGUGUGACGUUCUGUAUGGCAGGAUUGGAGAUUUUCUGAGCUGGUGUCGACAGGAAAAUGCCUCCGAACUGGAUUAUCAGUCCUGCCCGACAUCAGAAGAUUGUGAGAACAACCCUGUGGAUUCUUACUGGAAAUCGGCAUCUUCACAGUAUUCAAGGGAUAGUUCUGGGGUGAUUCACGUCAUGCUGAAUGGUUCAGAGCCCAAAGGAGCCUAUCCAGUUAAAGGUUUUUUUGCAGAUUUUGAAAUUCCCUACCUCCAGAAGGAUAAAAUCACACGAAUUGAGAUCUGGGUUAUGCAUGAAAUCGGGAAACCGAAGGUGGAAUCCUGUGGAGAAGGCAGUGUGAAAAUCCUGGAAGAGAGACUGAAGAAAAUGGGUUUUCAGUACAGCUGUAUUAACGAUCACGUACCAGUGAAGCUCUUAAUGUGUGUGGACCACACCGCUCAUCCCGACUGUGCCUUAAGUUCAGCGGUAGCGUCCACUCGAAGAGAAGUCCCGCUGCUCUGUGCAGAACGUGGCACCAGCCUUGUCAUUGCUUUCGUAGUGGCCCUGGCUUCAGUUGUCCAGGUGUAACUGGCAGCUUGGCUGGGCUGCCCUAACAGCGCUGGCCCCGAAAGCUGCCCUUGCACAUGGAUCCUUCCUGGUCUGUGCACACCACGUGGUUCCACUGUCUGAAGAAGCUUCCUUCUGGGAAAACCGUGUCCUGGGUGGGGUUUUCAAUGAUCCACACACUCGGGAUUUCAGAGACCAGAAGUUAAUCUUGUCCUAUGAAUAGGGUAAAAUUGCUGCAUUAGAACGAAAGCAAGUUAUUAGUUUCUUUUUUUCAUAUUGUAUAAAGCAUUGAGACCCAGACUACUGUUAUAUAAUAAGGUAUUUUUCUAGUAGAACAAGAUUUUAUACUUUUUCUGUAUUUUCCUGUAUCUUCAGUGGGACACACUGCAUGCUUAUUGACAGCCUAAGAUAUAUAUACACUAUAUAAAUGCAUAUAUAUUUGGUGUGCAAAGAUUUAUGAAUAAAGGUGUUCACUUAAUGGUUAUGUAUAAUGGGGAAGAGAAACUCAUCAUGUCCAAUAACAGGGAACUGUCUUCAUAUGGUUUGGUAUAUAUGUGGGAUAGAAAGUCGUGUUUACCAAGCCAAAGGUCCUUCAGCUGCUGAGGGGAGGAGCUCACUGUGGUACAUCAAUACAACCCUCUCUAUAUAGUCAGAAAGAGAAUGUAACAUGAUAACAGUCAUAUUUGCUAAUAAAAGAAGCCAGACCAAUAGGUUGCAUACUGUAUGAUUCCACUUAUGUGGCAUUCUGGAAAAGGCAAAACUGUAGGAAUGGAGGAGACUACAUCAGUGGUUGAGAAGGGCUAGGUCUAGGGGGAGGGGUGACUACAAAGCAGGCAGUGUGGGAAAAUUUGGGGGCGUGAGAAACCGUUCUGUAUCUUGAUUGUGGUAGUGGUAACCUGAAUCUAUGUUUUUUGUCAACACUUAGAACUGUAUAUAAAAAAAAAAGUAAAUUUCA